GUAACAAUUCCAUACGCAACCCACGAGGGCAAUCAUCUUACUCUUCGAAAGCGAGCGUCCUGCUCACGGCGCCCGGCUGCAUAUGUGCAAGCGCAGAGAGGCAGUCGUGUACUACUUGAGAAAGCCUUACCUUAGUUUGCUCAUCGCUGCUGCUAUGAAAGUCUAGACCUUGAACCCUCGAUUCGUCGUGGAUUAUCUUUGUAUUUGUCGUACGCUUGCGGUUCUGUUCCAAUGCUCUUCUUUGACCCGGGAUUUUCCAUUCACGAUGGCUACCAUCGAGCCACGGCUAAUUCACUUGCUUAACGAAUCGACUACUACGCCGAAGCCGCACCACGCUGACCUACCACCGAUCAAGGGUCUCGAUCUUCCGAAACCUACGAACGCCCAACAUCCACAUCCUACUGAAUAUGGUAGCAGCCAAUGGAGCGAUGGUCAAGAUGCUGGGUCAGCGGGUCAGUUGCCUCCGCAAUCCAUGCCACCACUCCUCACGUUGACAGAGGAUGGGCUUGGAAAUACUGGCACAUGGAAGGACCCAAGCUAUGGCGUAGAGAAGCAUCUGUCACACCAUAUUUCGUCCCAAGAUUUGCGAAAGAUCCUUGAUGACACGCCGGAGAUUCAAGAAGACAGUUCGGUGAAAAAGAGGCACCCCAAAGACGAUUUUGUGCAGUUACCACAACCGCUCAAGAAACAGAAAGCUUCGGCUGAAAUGAGAUUCCCUCCCAUGAUUGUGGGUUUGAACCAACCGCCACCGGACGCUGCUUUAUUCCCAUCUAUGGCCUCGACAUCCUUUGACAGUCGCCCACGUUCCGAGCCACCGAAAGUUCUAAGCAUCGGCAAGCCACCAGAGCUCCAAGCUGGCCUUGAGGAUCAGGCCGUACCCAGCCCGCCACCGGACGCCGAGCGAACCCCAACCGGCAGGCUCAAAAGGAGAGCAGCUAAGCCACGUCGAAAAUGGACCGAGGAGGAGACAAACCAUCUACUGCUUGGCGUGAGCAAGCAUGGGGUAGGAAGAUGGACUGACAUCCUGGACGACAAUGAAUUCAGCUUCAACGAGCGAACCGCCGGUGAUCUGAAAGACCGCUUCCGCACAUGCUGUCCAGAUGAGUUGAGAGCAAGCAAUAGAGUAAGGACUGAUACACAACAAGCGAAGUCAGGCUUGUCGGCUAGCACCAAGCCCAAAAAAGGACUCAUGUCUGAGAAUAUCUUGAAUGAGCCAGAAGAGCUCGCAGAGUCGGAAAGAGCCCUAUCUGUCCAUAACGAUUCUGACACCGCGAACAAGCAGCGCAAGAGCCGCGCCCAUCGAAAAAAGUUGGAGGAUCUUGCUGAACUGGGUAUCAAAGGCCCUUUCAAGAAGUCACAACGACGCGGUCGUCGCCCUUUCACAGAACAGGAUGACAGCGAAAUAUUACAAGGGUUUGAGUCGUAUGGGCCCCAAUGGACGAGAAUCCAGAGGGAUCCCAGAUUUAACCUAUCGAGUCGUCAGCCAACGGACUUGAGAGAUAGGCUGAGGAACAAAUACCCGGAAAAGUUCGCGGGCGCAGAGAAGACGCAAUUGCAAGUCAAAGGAAAUGGGUUGUUAGAACCGUCGAUCGACAUGAAUAUUGGUCAUUCUUUAGACAAGUCUAAAUCGGCGCUUCUGGAGCCACAGCUUUUACACAGUAGCUCAAGAGAGGAUAUGCCGAAAUGGCCAAUGUCUGCCAGCUUGAUGGACGCACCAGAAUCUUCGCAAGUGACACAAAGCCUCUUCUGGAAUGAAGCAGCUGGAAGUGCAUUUCCCCCUGCCGGUAUGGGCGAGAUGGACAUUUCGCGACUACUACUCGACGAUACUCAUCUACAACACGAAUCUGCAUCCGACAGACGAGGUCUUGGAUGAGUCGAUGACUCGAAAGUCUUAUUAUUCCUGACAUGACCAAACCGAGCACUCAGACAUCUGCCAAAGAGGGUGGAAGUUUGUAAAGCCGCUUGCGCACACACGACAGCCUUGUGGCAUUUGUGUUUUCUACCGGUGCGGUAACUUUUAAUGCCCGAGAGUUAUCAUGCACAAUCCACUGUCACACUCAUAUUCUCCGUUGAAGGCAACUCGAUCAAAGUCACAGAUUUUC